AUGAACACCAUUGUCUUUAACAAGCUCGGGGGAGCGGUGCUUUUUGAGGACCGAGGUACCCCAGAGCGGGAACGUGGCAGCAGGCCAUACGGUGGCAUCUUGGACAGUCCACACACACGCCCGGAGGUGGGCAUUCCAGAUGGCCCGCCCCUCAAGGACAACCUCGGUCUGAGACACCGGAGGACUGGGGUCCGACAGAAUGGAGGGAAGGUGAGGCACAAGCGACAGGCCCUGCAAGACAUGGCGCGGCCUCUUAAGCAGUGGCUUUAUAAGCACCGUGACAACCCUUACCCCACGAAGACCGAGAAGAUAUUGUUGGCCCUCGGUUCGCAGAUGACACUAGUGCAGGUGUCCAAUUGGUUUGCUAAUGCUAGACGUCGGCUGAAGAACACUGUUCGUCAGCCAGAUUUGAGCUGGGCCUUAAGAAUAAAGCUAUACAACAAGUAUGUGCAAGGCAACGCCGAGCGGCUCAGCGUGAGUAGCGACGACUCCUGCUCUGAAGAUGGAGAAAAUCCCCCAAGAAAUCACACGAACGAAGUGGGCUACAGCACCCCUGCCCAUCACACUGUCACUAAAGGGGAGAACUCAGUGAUAAAAGCUGGAGUGAGGCCCGAGUCAAGGGCAGCUGAGGACUACGUGUCGCCUCCCAAGUACAAGAGCAGCUUGUUGAACCGUUACCUUAACGACUCUUUAAGACAUGUCAUGGCCACAAGCACUGCCAUGAUGGGAAAAACAAGGCAAAGGAACCAUUCGGGAUCUUUUAGCUCCAAUGAAUUUGAGGAAGAGUUGGUGUCUCCGUCGUCAUCAGAAACUGAAGGCAACUUUGUCUAUCGCACAGACACUCUGGACAACGGCUCGAAUAAAGGUGGCAGUGCAGCUAACAGAAGGGGCCCGAGCAAGGAUGACACGUACUGGAAAGAGAUCAAUGCAGCUAUGGCCCUAACAAACCUCGCCCAGGGAAAAGAUGAAGUACAGGGGACCACCAGCUGCAUCAUCCAGAAGUCUUCCCACAUAGCAGAAGUAAAGACAGUCAAGCUGCCUCUGGCACAGCGCUUCUAG